AUGGCUGGUGCACUGUUUCAGUCCACUGUGCUUCCAGAAGCUGUCGCAAAUGGGAGGCAUCCCCAAAUUCGAGGCUCGGGAAGAUCCAGGAGGGGCGCCAGAAUGUUGGCCACCAUGGGAACACGCCCUCCCCAACUGGGGAGCUUCACUGGCCUGCGGAGCUCCAAUGCUCUGGACAUGCGGUCUGACAGAAGCUUUCACUCCAUCGUAGCCACUGCGAUCAUGGCGCCCCGAGGGAAAGCUAGCCGGGGAGUGGCUGUUGCCAUGUUUGAACGCUUCACAGAGAAGGCCAUUAAGGUUAUCAUGCUUGCCCAGGAGGAAGCUAGGAGACUGGGGCACAAUUUUGUAGGCACCGAACAGAUAUUGUUGGGCCUUAUUGGUGAAGGAACGGGCAUAGCGGCCAAGGUUUUGAAAUCGAUGGGAAUCAAUCUGAAGGAUGCCCGGGUGGAAGUCGAGAAAAUUAUCGGAAGGGGCAGCGGAUUUGUGGCCGUGGAGAUCCCAUUCACUCCACGGGCUAAACGCGUGUUGGAGCUGUCUCUAGAGGAAGCCCGCCAACUUGGUAAUCUUGUCUAUUUUUAUGCACAAUUUCUCUCUGCAUGUUAUAAUGAUGAUUUCGUCUGCUAUUUAAUAUUCAGAAAACUGAACCAACAGAAUUUUUGAAAAUAUUUCCUGAUUUUUCUGCUCUGUGUUGAUGCCAUCUAUGUGUAACUGUUUUCGUCUGUUAUCCUUGGGCCUUCUUGUCCCCAUCUCCUUGGAAUGCUUCAUAGAUAAGGAUUCCCACAGUUGCUGCUGCAUUUGCAUGGAAGUAUCGGAUGAGUAUCCUGUGGUUUCUUAUGGCUUGAUCUGAUAAAUAACUAUUUCUGAUUUAUUGAAACUGAGCAGUCUACGUGAGCGUGAUAGUGAGGAAUCCUUGCUCAAACCGGCCUUAUUCAUGUUGAUAUUCUUUCAGGUCACAAUUACAUAGGAUCUGAGCACUUGCUGCUUGGACUGCUCCGCGAGGGUGAAGGUGUCGCUGCUCGUGUGCUUGAGAGCCUCGGAGCCGAGCCUGGCAACAUUCGUACUCAGGCAAGCCCUGCAUUUGGUUUCUGCAUGGGACUGGCUGUUCUUGCCUGGUCUAUGACAGCUGAUUUGUGAAGAUAACGUUUUCCACUUUCUGACCAGGUAAUUCGCAUGGUGGGAGAGAGCGCAGAGGUUGUCGGUGCUGGAGUGGGUGGAGGAAGCACUGGGAGCAAGAUGCCUACCCUUGAGGAAUAUGGAACCAAUCUGACAAAGCUGGCUGAGGAGGUGGCCUUCUAAUGGUUUUUUUUCUCCUUACCAGGUGAUGAUAUUUUUGGUCAAACGGUGUUGCUGAUGAUGUCUGCUGCUGCCAGGGUAAGCUCGACCCGGUUGUUGGCAGGCAGGAUCAGAUAGAACGUGUGACUCAAAUCCUGGGCAGGCGGACGAAGAACAACCCUUGCCUCAUUGGGGAACCCGGCGUCGGGAAGACGGCCAUUGCCGAAGGCCUCGCCCAGCGGAUUGCCAAUGGUGAUGUUCCGGAGACGAUUGAAGGAAAGAAGGUGGGUUUCUCCCUCAUCUCCCAUUUUUCGGCGAACUCCAUAACUUGUGAUGUCUGUCUGGAGAUUUGUUGGCUGCUUGGUGAUGAAUCUGUUCGACGCAGGUGAUCACGCUCGAUAUGGGUCUUCUGGUUGCUGGCACAAAGUAUCGCGGAGAGUUUGAAGAGAGAUUGAAGAAAUUGAUGGAGGAAAUCAAGCAGAGUGAUGAGAUAAUUCUCUUCAUUGAUGAGGUGCACACACUAAUCGGAGCAGGGGCCGCUGAGGGCGCCAUUGAUGCAGCUAACAUCCUCAAGCCAGCUCUUGCGAGAGGUGAACUCCAGGUAAUGCCAGUUUGCUUGAACCUUCUCCAAGCUUACUGAACUGCUCAUAUGAGAUUUCCUAAUCUGCAUCCAACACUGCAAUGAGAUUGUUAGUCUUUAUUCUCUUUUUUUUUUUUUAUCAACUUGAAAUGCCAGUGGCUCCUUCCAUUAUCUAAUCGUCUUGUUGCUUGAGGAUCUUGUUUCCAUGAAUCUCCAUGUUAUCAGAUGAUGAUUAUGUUGAUCUUGACUGGGAAUUUCUCCAUUUUUAUCCUCUUCCGACAUCAAUACAUUUAAAUCCUGAGCUUCUCUCUGGGGUCUGGUUGUAGUGCAUUGGAGCAACAACCCUUGAUGAGUAUCGGAAGCAUAUAGAGAAGGAUCCUGCUCUGGAGAGGAGGUUUCAGCCGGUGAAGGUGCCUGAGCCGACAGUUGACGAGACGAUACAGAUUCUGAAGGGACUGCGGGAACGAUAUGAGAUUCACCACAAGCUGCACUACACCGACGACGCCAUAGUCGCUGCUGCACAACUCUCGCAUCAGUACAUCAGGUUAGUAUAUUUUCCUGAAAACCAACCAGAUCCAUGCUCAGUUCAGCUCUUCUUCCUUUUAUUUUUAUUUUUAUUUUUCUGGGUCAUGAUGAAAAGUUUUUAAUCUUUUUUAAUGUAUUUUUUAAAAUUAAUUAAAAUACAUUUAUGGGUUCCUGAGAAUCAUUUACAACUUUUUUCACGUCAGCUGGCCGUUUCUAGAAAAAAAUAUAUUUAUUAAAUAUAAUUCGGUCUAUGCCAAAAUCAUGGACUGAAUGAGACUUUGGGCACGAAAAUCAUGUACCUCUCCUAAUGGUUGUUGUGAUCAUGUUGGUUGUCAGCGAUCGAUUUCUCCCGGACAAAGCCAUUGACUUGAUCGAUGAAGCUGGCUCCCGUGUCAGGCUUCGCCAUGCCCAGGUGCUCCUUUUUUGUUUUUUUUCUGAUUUUUUCACCUUUUUUCACAUGUAUGUCUUCCUACUGUAAGAACUGAGAAGGUGAGAUUCUCUCCCCUGCAGCUCCCGGAGGAAGCCAGGGAGCUCGACAAGGAGCUCCGGCAGAUCACGAAGGAGAAGAACGAGGCCAUCCGCGGCCAAGACUUUGAGAAGGUGAAGACAUUGACCCCCUCCUAGUUGGCCGCACAAUUGACUUUUUUUUUCCUCUCAGCCAAAGAGAGUUUGAUCUUUUUUCUUUUCUUCUCGCAACCGUUGACUGUGGUAGCAUCUCUUCUCCUUCUCGAAGUCUUGGCCGCAGAACUUGAGUUUUUAUUUCCCCCUCAGCCGAAGAGUUUACUUCAAUUUUUCUUCUUCUGUUAACCGUUGACUGUGCUGAGAAUCUCUUGACUUUCUACAAGUCUUGGCCUCAGAAUUGACUCCCUCCCCCAAGCCGAAGAAGAGUUUGAUUCAAAUUUUUUUCUUAUUCUUUCAACCGUUGACUGUCCUGGGCAUCUCUUCUUCACCUUCUCAAAGUCUUGCCUCCCCCCUGCCCCCCCCCCCCAAAGAAUUGAACUUUUCCCCCCCGGAACUUUUCCCACCUUCUCGUCACGACCGUUGAGUGUGCUGAGCAUCAUCCCCUCGCGUUGACCCUGGGCAGGCGGGAGAGCUGCGAGACAGAGAGAUGGAGCUCAAGGCCCAGAUCUCGGCCCUGAUCGACAAGGGCAAGGAGAUGUCCAAGGCGGAGACCGAGGCCGGAGAGUCAGCGGGACCUGUCGUCACGGAGGCAGACAUCCAGCACAUCGUCUCCUCCUGGACGGGCAUCCCCGUGGAGAAGGUCUCCAGCGACGAAUCCGACCGCCUGCUGAAGAUGGAAGAGACGCUCCACACGCGGAUCAUCGGGCAGGACGAGGCGGUGAAGGCCAUCAGCCGCGCCAUCCGGCGAGCUCGCGUGGGGCUCAAGAACCCUAAUCGCCCCAUCGCCAGCUUCAUCUUCUCCGGCCCCACGGGAGUGGGGAAAUCAGAGCUGGCCAAGUCGCUUGCUGCGUACUACUUCGGCUCGGAGGAGGCGAUGAUCCGGCUGGACAUGAGCGAGUUCAUGGAGCGCCACACCGUCUCGAAGCUCAUCGGCUCGCCGCCGGGAUACGUCGGCUACUCCGAGGGCGGUCAGUUGACGGAGGCCGUUCGCCGGCGGCCGUACACCGUUGUCCUCUUCGACGAGAUCGAGAAGGCUCAUCCGGACGUCUUCAACAUGAUGCUGCAGAUCCUGGAAGAUGGCCGGCUGACGGAUAGCAAGGGCCGGACUGUGGAUUUCAAGAACACGCUCCUGAUCAUGACCUCCAAUGUCGGCAGCAGCGUGAUCGAGAAGGGCGGCCGCAGGAUCGGAUUCGACCUGGACUACGACGAGAAGGACAGCAGCUACAACCGGAUCAAGAGCCUGGUCACCGAGGAGCUGAAGCAGUACUUCCGCCCCGAGUUCCUGAACAGGCUCGACGAGAUGAUCGUCUUCCGGCAACUGACGAAGCUGGAGGUGAAGGAGAUCGCCGACAUCAUGCUCAAGGAGGUCUUCGAUCGGCUCAGGGCGAAGGAGAUCGAGUUGCAGGUCACGGAGCGCUUCCGCGAGCGGGUGGUCGACGAGGGAUACAACCCUAGCUACGGCGCAAGGCCGCUCCGGCGGGCGAUAAUGCGGCUCCUGGAAGACAGCCUCGCAGAGAAGAUGCUCGCAGGAGAGAUCAAGGAGGGCGACUCUGCCAUCAUCGACGUCGACGCCGAUGGCAAUGUCUCCGUCCUCAGCGGCGCCGCCGCGGCCGGUGGCGGUGGCGUCCUCCCCGACGAGGCGGCGAUCCCCGUCUGA